CGUAACCUAGAGGGUGAGCAGGGAGGUGGUGUCCAUCUUAUUUACACCGGUGAGAUUGCUCAAUUUUGGCCUGUCGGAAUUUUCACGAUAAUAAAAGUAGAAAGCUGGGUCUUCAAAGAUGAGCAGUUCAGAAGAAGUAUCAUGGAUCUCCUGGUUCUGUGGGCUCAGGGGGAACGAGUUUUUCUGUGAGGUGGAUGAGGACUACAUCCAGGACAAGUUCAACCUGACGGGGCUCAAUGAGCAGGUUCCCCACUAUCGCCAGGCCUUAGACAUGAUCCUGGACCUUGAACCAGAUGAGGAGCUUGAGGACAAUCCCAACCAGAGCGACCUGAUCGAGCAGGCGGCUGAGAUGCUGUAUGGCCUCAUCCACGCACGCUACAUCCUUACUAACAGAGGCAUUGCACAGAUGCUGGAGAAAUAUCAACAAGGAGAUUUUGGCUACUGCCCCCGGGUUUAUUGUGAGAAUCAGCCUAUGCUCCCUAUUGGAUUGUCAGACAUCCCAGGAGAGGCCAUGGUGAAGCUCUACUGUCCUAAAUGUAUGGACGUCUAUACACCCAAGUCCUCCAGGCACCACCACACAGAUGGAGCGUACUUUGGCACUGGCUUCCCCCACAUGCUCUUUAUGGUUCAUCCUGAAUACAGGCCCAAGAGGCCCGCUAACCAGUUUGUACCAAGGCUGUAUGGGUUCAAGAUCCAUCCCAUGGCCUACCAGCUGCAGCUGCAAGCUGCCUCCAGCUUCAAGAGCCCUGUCAAGGCCAUCCGCUAGAGCGUCCAGGAUUUAGGUGGAGGAAGAAGAGGAGGAAGAUUCGUAAAAGCAAAGAGAGGAAAGAGUUAUCAUCAGAAGGGGAGGGGUCACCUGCACUUUGCAAAGCUUUCCAGAUGCCCCCUCCCCAGAUUGAAGACUGUAUUAUUUUGGUUUAGAUUAGGGCAAAUGAAAGUGUAAGGAUUUUUGAGUGUGAGAGCAACAUGAAAAAGACGCACAGCCAUUAUCUUGAACAUAGAAACACACAUUUAAACACAAAUUCUGCCACACACUUGGGAAUCCAUGCACGUAUCUUACCAAACUUAUCAGUGCCAAAAACAGGAGGGGAGACGAGAUGAAGCUGAACAAAACGGGAUUAGACGAUUCACUCACAUUAAAGCACACUGAUGAGACAUUAUAUAAUCAGUGACAGGCUUUUUGUUUGCAGAUGUAAGACUGAAAGUUGAAGAAAGGGACAUUAACGAGUCGAUUUUUUAAGUUCUGGCUCUGUGUUCUCUGUAUUUGGCACAGUUUGGUAAAAAGUGGUGGUAAACCCUCCUUCAUUAAAAACCCCAUUAACCAACCCCCCCCCCCCCCCCCCCCCCCAAAUGCAUGCACACUCAGGCUGGCACCCGCAAAGACAGUUUGGACUGAUAUGUUCCCCACAGAAUUUGGUUCCUCAUAUUUUCUGAUAUUUUGUCCAAGCAUUUUGUUGAAUUUGCCUUAAGAGUCAGAGAAAACACAUAGAUUGUUUGGUUUUUUCAAGAGGUACACUUGUUUAUAUCUUAGUAUUUUCUGCUGUUAGAGGUCAUUAUGUAGAAGUCGAUGAAUCUAACAUGAAUUUCAGACAAUUGUAAUCAGCCUGUGUCAUGUUUCCAGCUGUCUGUGCGUGUGUCAAACAACUGUCUUUAACAGAAAACAAGUGAAAUAUAAGUUUCUCAGAGCAGCUACACUGCUGCAUCUGCGUUUGUAUUGUCAACCCCUGCCCUCUGUAGCUUUAUCUCCCGUAAAGUAAUAGUUUGACAUUUUGGGAAAUAUAUUGUAAUGCUUUCAACAGGAGUAUAGAUUAAAAAAAAGUCACCUUUGUAAGAUUCUUGUGAGCUAGCGAUAACAUCAAGGUUAAAAAUGGGAAAACAGCUGGCCUGAUUCCGUUUAAGGUAGCAAUUUCCUUAUACAUGCAACAUGUUUUACUUUUUUGUACAAAUAACAAAGAUGGUGCAAAAAGGGGAGAGUAAAGCCUGGUACACACUAAAAUAUUGUUUUGAAAUCAUAGCUGAUCUUUUUUUGUAAUGUGAGACACAUUCUUAUUCUGUGUGGAAAGGAAAAAGAUGAAUGAAACGUCACACCACACCUACAGAAGCUGUUCACAGAUAACCAGUCCCGUUCUCAAAACUCCAUUUAGUGUGGUCAAACUUGAAUUUGUAGUAAACAAGCUAAUGUGGCUAGCUACAUCAAUUUCUGUAGCAGUUUCAGUCCAGAUCCCUUCCAUUGUUGUAAGUUUUACUGGACACUUUGUGUAGAAUCAACAAGUUUAUCCCCUAUUUUUGACAUCCAUGCUUAUGUUUGCCAGUGUGGCAAUGGCUGUGUUUGCUGUGCUUCAUCCUAUAGUCAGCUCGCUACCCAGUUGGCUACUGCUCCAUUUAUUCAUGCUAGUUUGUCCUCAGUGGUCCAACCACACAACCAGCUUUCGGACCAUGAAUAGUGGACAUGUUUGGUUUGGAUCUCGAGUUGGAGCAUUUCUGAUCUUCCUCCUAGCAAAUCAGAGAGGGAAAGAUCACUCUUAACGAAGCUUUUACAGACUUUGGUUGGAAGAGGGGAAUCGGGCCAAUAAACUGCACGGUUAUCGAGUAGUGUGUGCCAGAUUUUAACUCCUGGUUUCAUCCAAGAAGUGUUCAUCUUUGCCAUCCUUAGCAUCACAUAAAGCUGCUUUUACCUUCCAUUUUUAAACAACAUAAAGCAAGAUGUCUUCCCAUGUGUCAAACCUUUUUAUGCUUAGCUCUUCUGCUCUGACUGACUGCUAUGUGUGUUUUUUGUUAUAGAUAAUACAAAGAUACAAGCUGUCAUUUUAUCUACCUUGCUGCCUAAAUAAGCAACUAUUUCCCAAAAUGUCAACGUUAAAAUGGAGGACACUCAGAGAAAAAGGAAUUUAGACAAUCUGAAUCCUUGAGCUCACUCCACCACUGCACUGAUCCUCCUGCUGUUUCUCCACAGCACAGUCUCCUUAUUUAUGUACACGUUUAGAGACAGACAGACCACCAGCCACUUUUUUUUCUCUUAUGGGACAGAGAAACACAUCUGUCCCAUCUCCCUGCCCUCUUUUCUUCAGUGUGACUGGAACAGUUUUUUUAUUUCAUGAUACAAGAGAAAAAAGGUAUUUAUGUGUCCAGAUUUUAACUAAUGUUUGUCUGUUUGUCAUUGUCUUUCUGCUACUGUUGGAGGGUGAGCAGGAUUCAGAAUUCUCAAUAAACUUCUAUUUUCUUUUCAUAA